GUUUGAAUCCACUCGCUCGCUCGCUCAGCCCCUGUCUUGGCUGCUACUGUUGUUGUUUUUAUAUUUGUCGGUUUCCAGGGGUUUUUAAAUUCGGUAUUUAAGGUUUAGUAUUGUUCAAGUUGACAGGUCCUGGUCUGUGUGUCGCACACGACGAUGCGCCAUGACUCGUCUUCCAUUCGCCGGAAAGGCAAAACCCCAAAGCGCCGCCCUGUGGCUCCAGCUCCGACAACGCCGUCUGGGAUUCUCCGCUCCCCAACACGAGGUUCAAGUUCACGGCUGGUUCCUGCAUCCCCCAGGAAGAGAAGGUUCCGCCCAGGAACCAGAGCCCUGAUGGAAAUCCGCAAGUACCAGAAGAGCUCCGAUCUGCUGCUGAGGAAGGCACCGUUCUCUCGCCUGGUUCGUGAGGUUUGUCAAAGUUUUUCCAGAGAGACUCUGCGAUGGCACCUCAAUGCUCUGCUCGCCCUGCAGGAGGCUACAGAGGCUUUCCUCGUCAAGCUGUUCGCAGACGCCAACCUGUGUGCCAUCCACGCCAAAAGGGUCACCCUGUUCCCCCGCGACAUCCAGCUGGCACGGAGGAUCCGCGGCGUGGACGAACUAUGAAGACACAAGUUCCAUCUGUUCUAAUUUCUUUAAUAAAAACUUUCAUUUUAAAAACUUUAGGUGCCAGGGAAAUAUUUAAAUCGACAUCAAGUAACUUUUAAUUUGAAAAUACACAAAGAGAAGUGUGGAAAUAAUCCAUAAUGAAAAUGUUUUUUAUAUAUUUUUCUUUAUUGUUGCUGUGUUCUACAUUGAUGUAAUGAUGACUGUGUCUUAUUAAAUGUGUGCAAAUGUUCCUCAUUUUUAUUGUAUUAAUAAAAUGUUUUUAUUAAAGCUCUGCCAGGGCUACAGACACCAUA